GUGUCCGCCGCAGAGUGUCAGUGAGAGCGGAGUCUCAGACCGGAGCUAAGACCAGGAACACACUCGGACCCGGGUUAAGGACUGGUGUAACGUGAACGGAUUCCGGUGCCCGUGUGCAGUUUGACUUCUUUUCUUCUUUUUCUUUUCGGUACUUUGAAAUCCUCCGCGCUUCUCCUUCUUCUUCGUCUUCUUCUUCUACUUCUUCUUCUUCUUCUUCUUUUGUUUCUGCUUCCUUCUUCGCCCCGACAUGGAGCUGCAGGAGGCGGAAUGAAGAGCAGCUCGUCUGACAGGCUGUUAGCCUCCUCCUGAUCAUGCUGUCUGAUUUGUACCGCACCCUGUUAUCCCUCCUCUUUCUCCUGGUCCAAUCAGCUCUGUCUGCUGAAAACACCACAGAGGUCCUUCAAGAUGUGACACUGGCAGCCAUCUUGCCUAUGACAAACACGGACUAUGCAUGGGCGUGGCCUCGAGUGGCUCCUGCGCUUGGGCAGGCAGUACGGCGAGUGAACUCUGACCCCUGGCUGCUGCCGGGCUUGAGGCUACAGCUCGUCUAUGGCAGCUCUGAGAACCGUGAAGGUUUCUGCUCCGAUUCCAUUGCACCGCUUGUGGCCGUCGACCUCAAACUGGCCCACGACCCCUGGGCCUUCAUCGGGCCAGGCUGCGACUACUCCUCUUCCCCCGUCGCCCGCUUCACCACCCACUGGGAGGUUCCCAUGGUGACUGCUGGUGCUCGUGCCAUUGGCUUUGAUCAGUACUCUGCGGUCACCAACGUCGGCCCCACCCACAAGAAGCUGGGCGAGCUGGGUGUGAGAAUCGGGGAGAUGUUCGGCUGGCGGCGGCACGCCAUGCUUGUCUACACGGACCACAAGGACGCCAACGAUGACCGUCCGUGCUACUUCACAGUAGAGGGGCUAUACACGUUGCUGGGAAAACACAAUGUGACCAUUCGAGACCACGCCAUGGAGGCCGACUUCAGCUACUCACAGGUGGUCCAGGAAAUCCGCGACCAUGGCCGAGUGGUGUACCUGUGCUGCUCACCGGACAUCCUCAGGACUCUGAUGCUUCACUUCUGGAAUGAGGGGGUCAAGAUGGAGGAAUACGUCUUCUUCUACAUCGAUCUAUUCGCUGAGAGUUUGGGGGGACGGAGCCAGGUCAGGCCGUGGUACAGAGGAGACAAGGACGACUUUGCUGCCCGCCGCGCCUUUAGGAGUGUGAAGGUGCUGACGUACCUGGAGCCUGAGAAUCCGGAGUAUCUUCAGUUUGUUGAGACUCUGAAGGACGACGCAAAGAAGAUGUUCAACUUCAACGUGUCAGACUCUGUGUAUAACCUGAUCGCUGCAGGUUUCCAUGACGGCGUGAUGAUGUACUCUCAGGCUCUGAACGAGACGCUGAGCGAGCACAGACUGGCAUCUGGACCAGAACCUGGAGAAGUGUGGAGGCCCAGAGGAGACUCUGUGACUCAGAGGAUGUGGAACAGAACCUUCCAAGGAGUGACAGGUUCGGUGGAGAUGGAUGAGUUCGGAGACCGACAGGUGGACUUUGCUGUGUGGGACAUGACAGAUGUCGAUUCUGGAGAGUUUCAGGUGGUGUGUUUGUAUAACAGCAGUGUGAAACAACUGGUCAUGCAGAGUGGGCGGAGCUUCCAGUGGCCCGGUGGAGAGACACCUGCAGACAUCCCAGAGUGUGGCUUCAAGAAUGACAACCCAGCCUGCCUCUCCCGUACAGUAUCAAUGCAUCAGAUGGUUGCCAUAGUGAUCUGCUUCGUCUUUGUCAUCAUUGUAACCGUGACAGUGUUCAUCUAUAGGAAGCUGAAGCUGGAGAGCGAGCUGGCGGCUCAGCUGUGGAGGGUUUCCUGGGACGACGUCCAGAUGAGGGACCUGGAGAAGGUCCUGAGGAGAGCCUGCAGCAGACUCACCAUGUCUCUGAAAGGAUCAAACUGCGGCUCUCUGAUGACCAUGGAGGGAAACUUCCAGAUCUACACUAAAACUGGAUACUAUAAGGGAAACCUGGCAGCCAUCAAGUACAUCAACAAGAAACGAAUCGAACUGACCAGAAGCGUUCUGUUUGAACUCAAACAUAUGAGAGAUGUUCAGAAUGAGCACCUGACCCGCUUCAUUGGCGCCUGCAUUGACCCAACCAAUAUGUGCAUCAUCACCGAGUACUGUCCCAGAGGCAGCCUGCAGGACCUGAUGGAGAGUGACAGCAUCACUCUGGAUUGGAUGUUCAGAUACUCUCUCAUCAAUGACAUCGUCAAGGGCAUGUUGUUCCUUCACAACAGUGUCAUCGUCUCCCAUGGCAACCUGAAGUCAUCUAACUGUGUGGUGGACAGUCGCUUUGUGCUGAAGAUCACAGACUAUGGCCUGCAAAGUCUGAGGACCAGCAGCUACCACGAAGACACACACGCCUACUAUGCCCGUAAACUUUGGACGUCUCCGGAGCUGCUGAGGACAGAGUGUCCCUCACCCUGUGGGACUCAGAGAGGAGACGUUUACAGCUUCGGGAUCAUCCUGCAGGAGGUCGCCCUGCUCAGAGGAGUCUUCUACCUGGACACACACACCAUGACUCCCAAAGAGAUUGUUCAGGCGGUGCGUCACGGCGGUGCCCCCCCCUUCCGUCCUUCUCUCUGCCUCCACAGUCACAGCGAGGAGCUCAGCGUCCUGAUGCAGCGCUGCUGGAGUGAAGAGCCGAGUGAAAGACCGGACUUCAACACAAUCAAGAUCCUGCUGAGGAAACAACACAGGGGUUAUGGCUCUAACAUCCUGGAUAACCUGCUAUCUCGUAUGGAGCAGUACGCCAACAACCUGGAGGAGCUUGUGGAAGAGAGAACUCAGGCGUACCACGAGGAGAAACGCAAAGCAGAGAAUCUGCUCUACCAGAUACUACCCCAUUCUGUAGCGGAACAGUUGAAACGAGGUGAGACGGUUCAGGCCGAAGCUUUUGACUCUGUCACAAUCUACUUCAGUGACAUCAUCGGCUUCACCGCCCUAUCGGCUGAGAGCACACCUCUACAGGUUGUGACGCUGUUAAACGAUCUGUACACCUGUUUCGACGCCAUCAUCGACAACUUUGACGUUUAUAAGGUGGAGACCAUUGGCGACGCCUACAUGGUGGUGUCUGGGCUGCCUGUGAGGAACACAAAGCUUCACGCGCGGGAGAUCGCCCGCAUGUCGCUCGCCUUGCUGGACGCCGUCCAGAGCUUCAGGAUCAGACACCGAGCCAAUCAGCAGCUGCGGCUACGCAUCGGCAUACACAGCGGUCCCGUGUGCGCAGGUGUAGUUGGGCUGAAGAUGCCCAGGUACUGUCUGUUUGGAGACACGGUGAACACAGCGUCACGUAUGGAGUCCAGUGGAGAGGCGCUGAAGAUCCACGUCUCGAAUGCGACCUGGCAGGUUCUGCAGGAGUUCAGCUGCUUCAGACUGGAGCUGAGAGGAGAGGUUGAAAUGAAGGGGAAGGGGCGGAUGAGGACGUACUGGCUGCUGGGGGAGGACACUCAGUGA